AUGGCAAACGGUACAUCCCUGAUGAGCAGCUUCGCCGAAGAAAUCAACAGCGAGUGUGUGAUCAUCACCGCGGGCGACGGCGAUAGUGCCAGGCGGUUCAGUGUUCCGCAAAGUUUGCUCUGCCGCAAAUCGAAGUGGUUUGAGAACGCCUUCAAAGCAGGCAAGACCAAGGAGAUCGCACUUCCGCAAGACGAUCCAGCCGCUGUCGAGUCCUCCAUCUUCUUCGUCUACAACGACAGCUUGAUCUUCAAGACUGGACGCCUGAGCAUCGAGCAGCGAAGCUUCGACCUCAAGCUAUGCUACAACAUUUGGUCAUUUGCGAACAGAUGUCUUCUCUCGGAGCUUCAAAAUGCCGCGACGCAUCGGGCGUGUUACGUCCUCAACGACAGCAACCACGACAACGAUAUCCCCACGAUUACGCUCCGCGAAUGCUUCGAGGUCACAACGGCUGAGUCUCCAUUGCGUGCUCUCAUUGGCGAUUAUUGUGUCAAGCUGUUCGAGAAGCAUGACGAGAACGACUUCCACAUUGAGGAGCUCGAAGGAUGUCCUGGUCUUGUUGCCACUCUUCAUCAGUCGGAGGUAGUCCGCCGGAAGCUUGAUGCCCGAGACUUUCCGAGAUACGUCAAGCCAGCUAAACUUGCUGAGACGCUGCUGAUGAAGGAGGAGGAGCCGCGCAGAGAUGCAGUGGAGUGGCGGGCAUGGGGUGGAUGGGACGAGAUCAAACCAACAUGCAAGGAUUGCGCAUACAGUAGCAGUACCGUACGUCCUGUCUGCUCGAGGUGCCAGCGAGAGCGAUGCAAGUGCUACAACCAAACAUGGGUUCUUCUCUGCUCUGGCUGCUGGCCGAAGCUAUGA